CAAAUCAAUGGGGGGAAAGAAGUUGAAUUGUCACCACUUGCAACAACAAAAGCCGCCUUUGUCCUGAGUCCAUACAUUCACGCUGUUUAAGUUUCGUCUUGUUUAUCUGACACACUCUCUUCCAUCACGCCGCCUCGAUGACCGUGGGGGUUUUAGCUUUGCAAGGCUCUUUCAAUGAGCACAUCGCGGCUCUACGGCGGCUCGGCGUCCAAGGAGUCGAGAUUCGGAAGGCCGAGCAGCUUCUCACCGUUUCGUCUCUCAUCAUCCCUGGCGGCGAGAGCACCACCAUGGCCAAACUUGCAGAGUACCAUAACCUGUUCCCGGCUCUACGUGAGUUUGUUAAGACAGGGAAACCUGUUUGGGGGACAUGCGCUGGUCUUAUAUUCCUCGCAGACAGAGCAGUUGGUCAGAAAGAGGGAGGUCAGGAACUAGUCGGUGGCCUUGACUGCACCGUCCAUAGAAACUUCUUUGGCAGCCAGAUUCAAAGUUUUGAAGCUGAUAUCUCAGUGCCUCUACUAACAUCCAAAGAAGGUGGAGCAGAGACGUUCCGUGGAGUGUUCAUACGUGCUCCAGCCGUUCUAGAUGUCGGCCCUGGUGUCGAAGUCUUAGCUCAUUGCCCCGUCCCUUCAAACAAGGUCUUGUAUUCAAGCUCUACUGUCCAAAUCCAAGACGAAGAUCCUCUUCCGGAAACGAAGGUCAUUGUUGCUGUGAAGCAAAGAAACUUGUUAGCAACUGCGUUUCAUCCAGAGUUAACCGCAGACACGCGAUGGCACAGUUAUUUCAUGAAGAUGACGAAAGAGAUGGAACAAGGAGGUUCUUCAAGCAGUAGUAGUAGCACUAUUGUUUCUGUUGGAGAAACUAGUGUUGGUACCGAGCAAGCUAAGCCUGAUAUUCCUAUAUAUCUCAGUAACUAAAAUAGAGAGAAGACACUUAAUUCUUUUGAAAUAAAAAAAAAACUAUAGAAAAGUGUCAGAUUCUUUUGAUGUUUUUGGAAAGAAAAUGCAAGCUGGUUUGCAUCUAGCACACAAGAAAGUUUCACAGGGAGUCCAUGUACUUGUUUUCUAGAUACUACAUUGUAUACCGUUGAAUCAAAGCCGGUUUCCUUGGUUCAAUUUUGUUUGUGACUCACUGCCUUGUAUAUUCUUCUGACAGAACAGAACAGGACUUUGAUAAUAUAAAUCCAGUUUGGUUA